GGCGCUGCUGCUGCUUUCGCCACCGCCGCUGCUAUCGCUGCUGCACUUGGUCCAGCCGCCAGGCCCAGUGCUCUGACUUUACCGGACCAGGGCGUUCUGCGGAGGCACCCUUACUCUUUUGGAGGCCCGGGCGCCUUGCCAGGCGAGGAGGGGGUGCUCCGUUUGCGGGAGACAGGGAGGGAGGAGCCUGGAACCUGGGCCAGCACCCGUCGCGGGAUCAAGAAGAGGACAGGUUGAGGGGCGUCGGGGAAGGGGGGUUGCUAUAGGUAGUCCCCGGGAGGAGGAGGACGCCCUGUCGCAGAAAGCUCCGAUGCACUGACUUCUAGAGGGCCUGUUCACAUUUGGGAACUGGUGACAGCAUGGGUGCACUCCUCUUGGGGGGCUGGUUGGAACAGAGGGCGUAGGAUCUAAAUAGCACCAGCAGUCCCCAAGGAAAUUAAGGGGCAGCCAGAAGGGAAAAAAAAAAAAAACCCAGAUGGUCCUUAUUUUGAGGUGACAGCCCUUCAGGCAAUCACCUGGUGUAGCCAACAGGAACGGUGGAUUUGGAGGUGACUUCAGAGUGGAGGGUAAUAAGGUGAGGAAAGGGGCUCAGCAACUAGAACCCUGUGCCACUAGAAAUGGGAGUGACUUGGUGAAAAAAGGCAUUGUCCAGAGACAGAGUCUGGGAACCCGUUCUCACUGAACAGGGACAGCCUGGAUAUUCAGAGACACAGUUUGGGGGAUUUCAGUGAAAAACGUAGGGGAUCGUCCUCACUUAGAGGAUGGCAAAGAGAGCAAGGUGGGGCUCUUCUCUGACAUUGGCAGUGCCCCAAUAGGGGUGGGGUGAGCUAAUAUCCUCAAAGCUAAGGAUCCACAAUCUGUAUUUUACAAGAGUGGAUUUGGCAGGAGUACAGAGGCCACCAAAAUAGGGUGAAAAUUGGAACCACAUACUGGACAUUUUAAGGAUUUUGACUUUGGGAUAGGGGGAGUGGGACUGGGUACAAAGAGCAGGGGAGGGGUAGUUCAGUAGGGCUCAAAAGUUGAGGGCGGGAUUAACUGAGAGGUACAUAGGUUGCUGGGUUCAGUGGAGCUAGCCCCAGGGUUCAAGGUGGGAGCUGAAGGUUGGAGGGGGUUGCUGAGGCUUAUCCUAAAGUCCUGUGGGUGGGGCGGAGAGUCUGGGAAGAGAGUCGAGAGCAUGCCGUGGUGGUGAGCGGCUUCUCUGGGGAGUCCAGCACACUCCCAGUGCCUGCUGGUUUGGGGGUGUCUCCUCCCGGGGCGCCAUGGCGGCGCUGGCCAGUAGCCUGAUCCGGCAGAAGCGGGAGGUCCGAGAGCCCGGGGGCAGCCGGCCCGUGUCGGCGCAGAGACGCGUGUGUCCCCGCGGCACCAAGUCCCUUUGUCAGAAACAGCUCCUCAUCCUGCUGUCCAAGGUGCGACUGUGCGGGGGGCGGCCCGGACGGCCAGACCACGGCCCGGAGCCUCAGCUCAAAGGCAUCGUCACCAAACUGUUCUGCCGCCAGGGUUUCUACCUCCAGGCAAAUCCCGACGGGAGCAUCCAGGGCACCCCAGAGGACACCAGCUCUUUCACACACUUCAAUCUGAUCCCCGUGGGGCUCCGUGUGGUCACCAUCCAGAGUGCCAAGCUGGGUCACUACAUGGCCAUGAAUGCAGAGGGACUGCUCUACAGCUCGCAACAUUUCACAGCUGAGUGUCGCUUUAAGGAGUGUGUCUUUGAGAAUUACUAUGUGCUGUACGCCUCUGCUCUCUACCGUCAGCGCCGUUCUGGCCGGGCCUGGUAUCUAGGCUUAGACAAGGAGGGCCGAGUCAUGAAGGGAAAUCGAGUCAAGAAGACCAAGGCAGCUGCUCACUUUGUGCCCAAGCUCCUGGAGGUGGCCAUGUACCGGGAGCCUUCUCUCCACAGUGUCCCUGAGACCUCCCCUUCCAGUCCGCCUGCCCUCUGAAAUGUAGACCUUGGACUGGAGGCUCCUGCACUUGCACUGAUCUAGCCACCACCACAGCCUGUCUCCCAGCCCUGCUGCUGGCCCUGCUCCCACCCCAGCUGCCAUACUCAUGCCCUGAGCAGCCGGGUCCCACCAGGUGCUCUACCCUGAGGGGGCCUAGGAAUUGCUGAAACCCUUCGAUUCUUGGAUCCAGGAGGGGGUCGUAGAGGUGGAUGUUUGAAAAUGGUCCUGGCUGAUUGCUCCUUCUCUUUCACACUUGCAUACCCCCGAGGCCUUUUCCCGAGAUGGCACUGGGGGGUUCCAAACUGACGGAACCAGGACACAAAUACUCCCCACCCCAGCCUCAGCCAGUUCCUGGAGCCCUUUUCAUUGCCACUGAGCCAUAGAUUUAUAUGUCUAUUGGAGCUCAGGAUUAGUUUUUUUUCCCUACUCCACCUUCUGCCUUGUUCUGGACAGGUUCUGGAACACCAUGAAUCCCAGCCAGGGCCAUUUCUGUACUAAGGCUCUAUGCUGGAAUGCAGGCAUGCUGCCAGGCUCCGUUCUGGAUCCAUCAGGCUUCCUUGACCCAGAUAGACCCCUGGUUUCCAAGUAGAGAGAGGCUGGAUUUGAGCCCGUCCUUGGCUUUGGCCUGAACUGGGGCCAGUCUCAGAUCACCCCAGGUUUAACCUUUUUUAUCCCAGUGACGCCCAAUUCUAGAGCAUGGUGUUCUAGACACAUAUGGAGCCAUACUUCCUUCUGAAUCUCAGCUCUAGGAUAUAGACCAUGACUCUCCACCCUUCCCUUUGGGAUGGAACUGGAGCCUAGAUAGCCAUAUUAUUGCUCUAGAGUAAGUUCUAGACUCAUUCUUCCACCUUCUGUAGUGAUAUCUAUUAAGGAUGCACUCUGGAAAGGACCCAGCUAUGAUUCAUAAAGAACUGAGUCCUGGAUGAAUUAAGAACUAUUUCUUGUUUUUCCUAGAUAAUUUUUUAAAAAUCUUAUUCUUCCUAUAGAAUGCUAACCUUAUUUUUACAUACAGUUUCUAAUUCCUGCAAAUCAGCUGUGGUCCAGGGAAAUAAAAUCUGAAGAAGAGCAGAAGAGUUUUGGAAGGAACCCUUGGCUCGUAGGGUGGAAGCUAGGAUGGAAAAGGGGCCAAAACCAUGACAUAAUUGGACCUGCACCUGGGUUGGGGGCACAUGAACACUUAGCUACCUCAGCAGGAAUUUCUUCCAGAUCCCCUUUAAAGCUGAGGUCUUUUGGGUAAUGGGUCUAGAAUAAAAAGGACAAAUACAACAUAGCCUUUGACUCCCCCAGUGAGGAGACUCCAACUCAGCAAUAAGUCCCAACACUCUCCUCUAGGUCAGGCCACGGAGGGUGAGGGCCUCUUGGAUUCCAGACCUCAUGUACCCCCAGAGCUUCUAACUGAACAGAACUUGCUUUACUUUACAGCUUAUAACCUCAGCUGUGUUUUAGGUACCCAAAAAGGGCCUGACUAGAUUUUCUUGAAAAACGUGGAGAGUUAAGCGCAGGCUUGGAAAAGAACAGGAACCCACUAGUGAACUAGGAGGUAGACUGAGUAGCGCCAGACCUGGACAGGGUAGACUGAGGAUGCCCUAAAGGGAGGGGCUAGGACUCCGGAGGCAGGUCACUUUCCUCAGGCUCUUUCUACUUCUAGCUUGUUGCAAGAGGGGUUGAUAUUUCUCUCAUCCACAUAGACCCUACCCAGGCUCCAUCACUCCCCUGACUUGACUCCCAGGGGACCUGGUUUCCACUCCAUGCAUUCUCAAUUAAAGAAGGUUUAUACAGCU